AAUGGAAUAUUUUUUUGUGAUUGUUAUCUGAGGAAGGUCCAGCGCAAAAUGUGGAAGAUGGUUUGAGACCCGCUGAACUUCUCUCGAGUUCGUGGUAUAUUAGUUCAUAUUUAUGGACAUUCAGUAUUUACCGGGAACUUGUCCCAUCAGUAUACAUUUUUGUUUGUAUCUGUCAAAGGCGUGGUUAAUAACCGGAACAUAAACUGGCCGCGUAUAUUUGUAAAUAAGAGACAGUGGAUAUUGACAGCUGUAACGUGGACUUUAAAUCCAGACAUGCUGCUUUGAUGUUACAUCGCCAGUAUGAAGUCUUUUAUAUUUUACUUGCUCUACAUGCUAUUUGCUUUAUUUUCCGUCCACUGUGCGGUGAAACCAGUAUCUACAGCAGAAGGCAUGAGAAAUCAGGAAGAGGCGCGAGAGUUUGAUACCCUCGACUUCUUACUGUCGGACUAUGAGGUUCUGCCUGCAUCAGGGCUCCAGCUUCACUCUGUCAGAAAGAGGGACAUUGACGCCCGGUCAUAUGUGGAGCGGCUGGUUAGCUUCACAGCACUUCAGAGGCACUUCAAGUUAUACUUGACGACGAACACAGAGCUUUUCACAGAUGACUUCAAAGUUGUGUUUGUAGACAAGUAUGGAAAUGAGGACCAAUAUGAUGUUCAGUUGCAGAAUUACUUCAAAGGACAUGUUGUUGGAGAGGAGCACUCCCGUGUGCAGGCACAUAUCGAUGGGGAGGAGUUUUCAGCCCACAUUCUCACAGAUGAAGCUGAAUACAAUGUAGAGCCUUUGUGGCGGUUUGCAGAGACGCCUCCUGAUGGCCGUUUGCUGGUGUACCGCUCAGAGGACAUAAAGAACAUCAGUCGACUAUCCUCUUCCAAAGUGUGUGGAUAUGUGAAUGCUGACGCCCAGGAGCUGCUGCCAACUGAGGCAAGAGCAGUGGUAGAAACAGAACAGGAGGAAGAACCUCACCAUAUUGAGAGGAGAUCUGCACAUGACCACAAGAAAAACACCUGCCCUCUGCUGUUAGUGGCAGACCAUCGCUUCUACAAGCACAUGGGCCGUGGAGAGGAGAGCACCACCCUCAACUACUUGAUUGAGCUGAUAGACCGAGUGGACGAUAUCUACAGGAACACAUCAUGGGAUGAGGAGUACAAAGGAUAUGGUGUGCAGAUUCAGCAGAUAAUCAUAAACAACGAGCCCACAAAGGUUGGCCCAGGAGAGGUUCACUAUAACAUGGAUGGCAGCCCAUUAGGAAGAAAAGAUGGUGUGUGGGAUGUAAAGAAGCUUCUAGAACAAUUCAGUUAUGACAUCGCAGACAAUGCCUCUCUAGUUUGCCUUGCCCAUCUCUUCACCUAUCAAGACUUUGAUGAUGGGACUCUUGGUCUUGCAUACGUGGCCCCUUCCAAACCACAGGGAUUAGGAGGACUUUGCCCUAAACCCUACUUCCCAUCACAAACCGUCAGUAAACCCAGUUACCUGAACACUGGCCUAACUAGCACCAUGAAUUAUGGGAAGACUAUUCUGACUAAGGAAGCAGAUCUUGUAACCACUCAUGAGCUCGGCCACAACUUCGGAGCAGAACACGAUCCAGACAACAUAGCUCUCUGUGCGCCCAGUGAUGACCAAGGUGGCAAAUUUGUCAUGUACCCUAUUGCAGUAAGCGGAGAUCAUUUCAACAAUAAGCGGUUCUCCAGCUGCAGCAAGUUUUCUGUAAGUAAGACUUUGAAGGUCAAGGCCCGUCAGUGCUUCAAGGAGAGGAGCAGUAAGCUGUGUGGGAACUCUCGUGUGGAAGAGGAUGAAGACUGUGACCCUGGACUCCUUCACCUCAAUGACGACCCCUGCUGCACCGCUAGGUGCAAAUUCAGGAUGCAGGCGCAAUGCAGUGAUAGGAACAGCCCCUGCUGCAGGAACUGUAGGUUUGAAAGUGCAGAGAAGAUCUGUCAGGAGAACAUCACUGCCACCUGCAAGGGCAUGUCCAAGUGCACAGGCAACAGCAGUGAGUGCCCCGCUCCUGGUAACCUGGCUGAUGAUACAGUUUGUGUGGAUAAAGGCCGAUGUCACAGGGGUGAAUGUAAGCCUUUCUGUGAGGCCGUGCAUAACCUUGAGUCCUGUGCCUGCAAUGAGACAGAGCAGUCAUGCAAAGUGUGUUGUAGAAACCGAGAUGGGCUGUGUACUCCCUUUGUCACUAGUGAUGGAGGGUAUCUUUACCUGCGCAAGGGCAAACGUUGUACAGUUGGCUUCUGUGAUGGGGCCGGUAAAUGCAUGAAGCAUGUGCAAGAUGUCAUUGAACGCUUAUGGGACUUCAUAGACAAACUGGAUAUAAACACAUUUGGGAAGUUCUUGGCUGACAACAUAGUGGGGUCUGUGGUGGUCUUCUCUCUCCUUUUCUGGAUUCCUCUAAGCAUACUGGUGCAUUGUGUGGACAAGAAACUGGAUCGUCAAUAUGAGGAGACCUCCAAAUCCUUGAUGUAUCCUAGUCAGAUGGUGAUGGAGGUGUGUAGUAGAGCUCUCAACUCAGAGCCUGGAGAUGUUGAGCGGUCAGGAGUCAGUUCCCCUCCGCAUCGUCAAGCCCCCUGCUCAGGCUUCGUUUUCAGCGGCAGCACGACCUCAGCCCUCACUGGGCCUCUCGAGCCCCGGCGUCUCACCGCCACAGGAGACAUUCGCCGUCCAAGGCCCCGCCAACCUCUCCGCCGCACCCAGAGCGGAUCCACUGCGAAUGGCCACCAUCGAGGAGGACCCCAGCGGCGACUCCUCUCACCUGGACGAGAAGUUGCUGGAGGAAGGCUUCCCUCCAAGCGUCACAGCUGUCAGGUCCUUCGAGGACCUCACCGGACAGGAAACACCAAACCGGGGGGACAAGAGACGGCUGACGAGACAGGCACGCAUUGAUAGUAAGGAGACAGAGUGCUGAGGACAGAGCCUCAUACUACUCAUUAGUACACAUAGUACACCCUUAUGUGUGUGCUUGACAGUCAAGAUCACUUGAUAGUGCACUUACAUACAUAAAAUUUACUUCAAGGGAAAGUUCACCCAAAAACGAAAAUUCUCUCAUAAUUUACUCACCCUCAUGCCAUCCCAGAUGUGUAUGACUUUCUUUUUUCUGCUGAAAAAUAUUUAGAAGAAUAUCUCAGCUCCGUUGGUCCACACAAUGCAAGUGAAUAGUGACCAGAAUUUUGAAGCUCCAAAAGCACACAAAGGUAGCAUAAAAGUAAUUCAUAAGACUCCAGUGGUUCAAUUAAUGUCUUCAGAAGUGAUAAGUGUGGGUGAGGAACAGAUCAAUAUUCAAGUCCUUUUAACUAUAAAUCUCCACUUUCACUUUCUUCUUUUGUUUUUGGCGAUUCGCAUUCUUCAUGCAUAUUGCCACCUACUGGGCAGGGAGGAGAAUUUAUAGUAAAAAAGGACUUAAAUAUUGAUCUAUUUCUCACCCACACCCAUCAUAUCACUUCUGAAGAUAUAGAUUUAACCACUAGAGUCUUAUGAAUUAUUUUAUGCUGCCUUGAUGGGAAUUUUGCAGCUUCAAAUUUUUGGCACCCAUUCACUUGCAUUGUGUGGACCUACAGAGCUGAGAUAUUCUUCUACAAAUCUUCAUUUGUGUACUGCAGAAGAAAAAAAGUCACAUCUGAUAUGGCAUGAGGGUCAGUAAAUGAUGACAGAAUUAUCAUUUUCAGGGCUCCAGAGUUUGUGUAGGAGUCGGUGUUAUGCUGGGAGCCGGACGUUUGCUAGAUUCCAUCACUAAGAUAACAUUACCUAGUGUUGCAGACUGUCUGUUGUCGCUGUUGAAUAGCGGAAGAGAAGCUACUGUCUGAGGCAAGGCUCUCGGGAGCGCGCAUAAACAUCACAUCCUCUGGAUUUUCCCGGAAAAAGUGACCUGCUCCCUUCGCAUGAAAAUCGGUCCACAGGCUUUAAUAGGCAACCUAGGAAGUCCGGGAAGGGCUCAUUUUUUAAGUUGCGUUACAAGCCGUUCACAUUGGCAAAAAAAAAGGCGAAUAUUACAUGAAACAUUUUACAUAUUGCACCUUUAACUGUAAUGUCUACAGUUUCUUCAUUGAGGUGGUUUAGUUCUUCACUGAAACCUGAGAGACCACAGCCUUUAAGUGGUAUGUUCUGAAAGGAAAUGCCCAUGUAGUCAGAUGAGGCUGCCUUUUUCUGCCUUCUAGUCUGUUUUUCUCUUUGAGCUUUGUCCUGCUGCACCACAUUCUCAUAUUGAGAAACUGAAUCUAAGUAUGUGUGAUGGGGAAAUUCCUCCAAAUUUCCAUUCCUCACUGGUUUGUCCUUUAUUCCCUUGAGUGUACCAACACAGGUAUCAAUAGCUGCUACAGCCUGAGGAAGAAUAAGUGACUUCUUCUGAAGCACAAGACUCAACUUUGAGAUUUCUCCAAACAGGUCAUGGAAAAAGUGACAAAAUGCCACAAAAGACAACUUUUCCAUUUGUUGUGAGAUGUGUUUUGCUCUUCCUCUUAUUUCAGUGUUUUUGGAUGAUGCAGCAAGGUGCUGCACGUGGAGGUGUACAGCUGUAUAUUGACCCUGACCUGUGUGAUCAGAAGCAAGAAAAACAGAAAGGGCCCAGUAAAUGUGAGGCAACCAGCGCUGGGUCUUCACUGCAGAAGGUGUUCGUAUGGCGCAGCCUAACUCCAUCCCGAUGGCUUUCAACUUAUGCUUGCUUAUUGUUGCUAAAAUGGUAUGUUUUUCAUACCAGCUGUAGCAUGUCAUAGAUUUUUCAAUCAUUGGAAGAGACAUCUGAACACCCCACAUGGCUAAUUCCAGUCUGUGUGGCAUACAGUGAAAGGAAAGAAUGUGUUCUCCUAUUUCUCCUCUUAGGAGUGCACCUACUCCACCUGAGGCACCCGUGUUAACACUGGCCCCAUCUGCUCCAAAGGCUGUAAUUUUCUCCUGCCACCAUUCAUGAUCAGUUUGUUUAGCAUCACCAAACAAUAAUUUUAUUUUAUCUAAUACUCCAUGUGCAUGGCAGUGUUCAAGCUCAGCUAAACCAAUAAACUGGUUCACUGCUACACCUGCAGAAAUGUGCCUGCAGUAUGCAAUAACAUUGUCCUUCCCAGAAACGACUGUGCCACAGUUAGUGAUAACAGAGAUGUAAUUAACUGUCUGAGCGUUUGUCAGUGCUUGUUCUUUGAUCUCAUCUGCAAUGCAUCCUAUAAACUCAGCACAUGCUGUGUUGUUGUCAUACGUCUUGCACACAUCCAGUCCAUUUUUCUUCAUUUAGUAAUAUCGGAGAGGUACAUUUGGUGAAAGGCAGCUCUUCACAUGCAAACAUAUAGGCAGUGUUGAAUUUUAUUUUUAGCUCCUUCCAUUCUUUCUCGUCAUGUAGUUCGCAUGCACGAGACACUGCACAUGCUAACAGUGUUUUUUUGUGGAGCACUCUUUGCGAUUACAUGGUCACGAGCAUUUUUAUGCUUUUGACUAUCGCCGUGUUUUCUCACAGUUUUUUUUUUUUUUUUAAAUAGUUCGUUCCGGUAAUGAAAUCCAUUUCCCCUGUUAUUUCUCUGCCCGCUUUGGAACAAAAGUCACAAAACAUUUUCUGUGUGCGAAGACCAUACCUGAGCCAUGCAAACUCUUGAAUCCAAGAAGUUUUAAAAUGCCUUUCUGCACUUUUACUUGGGUGUUCAUUGAUUGACACGGAAAGAUGAUCCCCUGUGUCUCCAUCGUUUUCUAUCUCUCUCAUACUGGCACAACUGGAGCCUGCUUUUUUUUUUUUUUUUUUUUCUUCCCAAUUUGGAAUGCCCAAUUCCCAAUGCGCUCCAAGUCCUCGUGGUGGCGUAGUGACUCGCCUCAAUCCGGGUGGUGGAGGACAAAUCUCAGUUACCUCCACGUCUGAGACCGUCAAUCAGCGCAUCUUAUCACGUGGCUUGUUGAGCGGUUACCACAGAGAUGUAGCACGUGGUGGCUUCACGCUAUUCUCCGCGGUAUCCACGCUCGACUCACCACAAGCCACACUGAGAGUGAACCACAUUAUAGCGACCAUAAGGAGGUUACCCCAUGUGACUCUACCCUCCCUAGCAACCGGGCCAAUUUGGUUGCUUAGGAGACCUGGCUGGAGUCACUCAGCACACCCUGGAUUCGAACUCGUGACUCCAGGGGUGGUAGUCAGCAUCAGUACUUGCUGGAGCCUGCUUUUUUAUUAGCAGGUGUGCCAUCAGCGUUGGUGCUCGACAGAGAUGUGGAAUGUCUGAAAAAGUUUGUUUUUGUGACGCGGAAAGCUGAUCCUCGCUUUCCCCGUGCGUAUUUUGGCGCUCUGGAUGAAUUUGAACUCAGUGAAACGUUUGUUUUUUUUCACUGAAACUUUCCUGCGCGGCGUCUCAUUUUAUAACGUCAACACAACAAAUGACGUGAUAGGCUACUCCUCACAGAACACGCAAGUAUAAAGACAUUACAUACACAUUUUUAAAUCUUAUCGUGUACAUUUGUAUUGUUGCCAGUGGCGAUCUCAGCAAAAAUAUCACUCGCAAAUAAAUAUUUAUAUUUGCGGCCGUUUUAGGUGCAGGCUGGAGCCCUGAUUUUUGGGUGCACUUUCCUUUUAAAUGAGCCUUAAUAUGAUUAGGGUGUAAUCAGGCUGAAUUUUUUAGGUGCACUUGUGGUUUAAAAGUUUUUGUUAUGUGGUGACUGCUGACUAAUUUUAAAAAGCAAAAAAAACAGUAAUACGCUUACAAUGGAAGUCUAUGAGGCAACCAUUAUACUUCCAUUGCCCCAUAGAUUUUCAUUGUACAUGCGUUACUGUCAAGGCAUUUUUUGUUUGUUUUUACAAACUGAGCUACGAGUAGAAAUAAUUUUCUAUGUAUAAAACAAUCAACAGUAUGCCAUAGAUCCUGUCUGAAAUAUUCCUUUAAUGUAGUUUCAAUAGUGCUUUGGUAGCUACAGUUGCUUGAGAGCAUUGAAUUCUCAUUAAAUUAUUAGGACAUGUUUCAUUAAUUUAUACCUCAUUAAGAAUAUGAGCAGCAAGACUACAGCACAGUUCCGUACAAGUAAUUACACUUUUAAUGUUACACUGGUCUACUUUAUUAGAAAAUUCAGCUAUGCAUAUCCUAUUCCAUAUGUAUAUGUAUAUGAAUUAAAUGUUGUAUCUGUGGGAACUGCUAGAGGAGAUGCUGUUUGUUAGUUUCUUUGACAUUUUUUAUGGCUUUAUGAUAGAAAUUGCACAGGAUGUUUAAACAAAUUUUAUGUGAUUUAUCAUUUUAAGAAUUGUUCAUCUCAUGGCAUGAACAUUUUUUGGUAAUAUAGAGGUAUAAAUAUAUGUUUCCCCACUGUGAAAUAUCUGGUUAUAACUAAUUAAUAAUAAACUAGUUCAUUUUUAAGGUGAAUUUUCAAUGUUUGUAUUACGUGACAGCCCUGUGAGUUAUCUUUUAGGCAGGAUCAGUCGUCUCUAAGUUUUUAUGUGCCAAAAGUCAAUGGACUAAGUAUAUAUUAUUAAUGUUUCUUGUAUAUCAAAUCAUAGGUAAUGAUUAAAACAUCUCAUUUGAUUGACGUCA